AUGGAAACGGAGGUUAUAAGAGCGUUUAAUGCUGAGUUGGUGUCUUUAUACGAAUUAAGACCACCGAUAAGUAAGAAAAAGAUUGUGGAUAUUACAAAGGCAGCAAUGAAAGCUAUCAAAUAUUACAAACAUGUUGUGUUUGGAGUCGAAAAGUUUUUGAUGAAGUGCAAAACAGAAUAUAAGAUACCUGGCCUGUAUUGUAUCGAUUCUAUAAUACGGCAAUCGCGUCAUCAAUUCAAAGACAAGGAUGUUUUUGGUCCACGGUUUGCGAUCAAUAUGCAAGCAACUCUUUCAAAUUUGUUGAAUUGUAAGGCUGAUGAUAAGUUGAAAGUGGUCCGAGUUUUAAAUUUAUGGAAAAGUCAUGAAAUAUUCGAUACAGCGAAGUUACGACCAUGGUUGGAGUACUGCCGAGAUGUUCAUGGACUUGAAAUAGAUGUUGUGACCGUAGAAAAAAGUGUAAAAGGCGAUCAGGCAGACUUUUCAAUAUACAGUCGCGUCCUUAAUCGUGGUGAAAAGCGAAAAGUAAUGGAAUCACACACUCCAUUAUCUGGGAACCGGUCACGUACACCACCUUUGCCUUUGCGUGAGCCAAGUGAUGAUGCUGCAGAAGGAGGUGUAAGUGAGCGUGAAACGCUUGCGAUGCUAACUACAAUGGGUUUGGAUCUUGGCGGAAUGUUUACUUCCGAUUCAUCAUUAUUGCAGAGGGUCAAUAAAUUAGUCAAUGAUAAACUUAUUGAACGUCGAGAAUUGGAUUCGAAAAGACAGGGAAAUAUUAAGAAUCUCCUUUCCAAAGAAUUCGAUUAUAGCGAUGAAGAUGAUAGCGGUGACGAUGAUUUUGGUCGCAAGCUAGAGAUAGAAGCGAAACCUACUGAACUAACAAAACAACAAAUUAUAGGUAUGGCAGAAGCAGUUCUUCGAGAGCCUGAUACUAAAGAAGAAAUACAACGUAUGCAUACGGAACGAAUUUCGGCUUUGUCCCAAGCAGCUGUAGCUAGGGUACAAGCUGUUAAGCAACAGCAGCAACAGCAAGAACAACAACAACAACAACAGCAGAGUAGUAUUCCAACUGCAGUUCGUACGUUGCCAACCCAGCCGGGAGCACCACCAAUUACGAUUCCGUUAAAUCCAAUCACCGCCUCACAAGCAAACAUUGCGACUAUCCCUCCACUUUCGAUUCCGAUGCCAGGUCAAUCUUUGCAGCCUCAGACAGCAACAAACAUGCUAUCACCUAGAUCAGCACAACAGUUUUUACUUAAUACGGGCGGAUUAGCUGCGUUUGCGCCAAGUAUGCCACCGCCAAAUAUUCUGAGUGUGAUGCCUCCGCAGAUCCCUACUUCGAUACCUAGUGGAAUGCCACUUACAGGUGCUGCGAAUACCGGCAGUCGAGAUCGUAAUGAUGUUGAUCAGGAUGAUCGCUAUCGCAGAGAAGGAGAUGAUAGAUUUGAUAGUGAUCGAGAUGAGCGGUUGAGGCGAGGUCAUGGCAGAAGUGAUAGAUUUAGUGAAAAGAAUGAUAAAGGUCAAGAACGGCGGCGCGGUCGUUCAAGAGAUCGUGAACAUGAGGGUAGAGGGAACAGUCGUGGCUUUGGGGAUCCGCACUCAAAACGGCCGCGACGUAGUCGAUCUCGCGAUCAAGGCUUUGGAGAUCGUAGAAGGGAACAUCGACGUAGCAACAGUCGUGGACGAAGAGGUUUGUCUCGCGGACAUCUUGACAGGGAGCGAUCAGAACGUGACCAUAACAAUCCAGCAUAUAAAGAUUUGGAGCGGCUGCGUCGAAAAAUGGGACUUCCAUGGCCGCCAAAAGAAGGACAUCUGCUAAUAGCGUCAUGUACACUGUGGUUGGGGAGGAUUCCUUCGAACUGUACGGAAAAUGAAAUUCGUCAGGCAGUAGCUGAAGCCGGAGAACCAUCACGCAUUAGCAUUAUACAUUCCCGUGCAUGUGCAUAUGUUACGAUGAAAGAUAGAAAAGCAGCAUUUCGGGUAAUGGAUCGGAUGCAGAAAAAUUUCAAAAUCGGAGAGAAGAAUGUCAAAUUGAAUUGGGGGAUUGGACAAGGUUUGAAAGGUGAAAGAUACGCAGAAUAUUGGGAUCCUGACCGAGGUUACUCACUGAUUCCACAUUUUGCACUACCUGGUGAUUUAGAACCUCUAAUAGAAGGAGGUCAUCUUGAAGUGGAAUCGUUGCCUGCUCAUCUUGCAGAUUUGUAUGAUGAACAUGGAUUGAAAGGAAAGCAACGUGAGCAGGAUUCAACAUCCAUUCAAAGCACUUCGAAUAUUCAAUUGCCACAAGUAGCUCCAAAUAUGCCUUCGUAUCAGUUUCCUCUGGGCCAACCGCCUCGAUUACCCGGCGCUGCUCCGUUCCUGCCUCAUGGAAUGGUGCCAAUUCCUGGUAUUUUUCCGCCUGGUCUACCUCCUCAACUUGGAAGUGUUCCACUGGCUGGUUCUGCACCAACUCCGAAACCACAGAACUGUGUACCAACUGAUGCCGAAGGAACGAAUGCUUUAUCCACUCCUCCGCAGGCUGCUGUCAAUGCAAUGAAUGUAGAAAGGAUGCGUGUUCCAGGACCGAAUGCAUUCAUGUCUUCUAGUUACAAUAUGCCACCUCCCAGGUACAAUGCCUCUUGUGGAACUCUAAAUUUGAGAGCAAAUCGACCGGGAGUAUUUUCUGGAAGAUCACCGUUUUCACCCUUCCGCGGAGGACCGCCUUUCGCAGGAGCUCCAAUUAGAGGGGUGCUGCGAACACCGCUACCGCUGAUGCAUUCGCCAGGGGUAGGAAGAGGACUGCGAAAUCUUUAUCCACCGCGACAUUUUCCACCCCCUUUGUUAGCUAAUAAUUCCGAUGGUUACAAAAGUACACAGGAGAAUCGAUGGCGGAGUAGUGAGCCAAAAGACGGGCAUAUUGACAAUUCUAGGCACGAUGAAUGGGAUAACAAUGCCAUGGUACCGUCUAGCAGUCAUGAGGAAUACUCACAACCCGAAUCAACCAAAAUUGAAAAACGGAUAACAAAAAGGACUGAGAUGGAUGACUCGAGUAAUGAACCCGUGACAUCGACUACUCAUGACGAUGAAAGCGCUGCAGUAAGUGGCACUGUCGAGACUUUAACAUCCGAGGUAAAAUUACUGGUUGAUACAAGCGUGGUGCCAAACAAUGAUGAUUUGAAGGCUGUAACGAUGAACGAGGACAGAAUGUUAGAACAAGCAAUUGUUUAUGGUGAUGAUGAAGAAUAG